AUGGAAGUGAAAUGGGUUUCAGCUUGUUUCCUCUUUAAAACCCUGAAAGUGAAUCUGCUGCCGUGGCUGGUAUUGUGUAUGCUGUGUUCAUGGCAAUGUCUAUCUGUUGAUCUCAACCCACAAGAAAAGGCUUCCCUGUUACUGAUUCGCUCGUGGAUUGAUGAUGACCCAAACCACUCAUUGUCAAGCUGGGUUGGCUCCAACUGCACGAAUUGGACGGGGAUUGGAUGCUACAACUGGGGAUGGCAAUGGGUCGGGUUGGGCCGAGUUAUCUCAAUUGAUUUCACCACCAUGAAUCUUUCAGGUCGAAUUCAUCCUAGCAUGUGCAAGCUUGUCGAUCUCGAGUCCUUGAUUCUUUCGACGAAUAGCUUUUUUGGUCAAGUCCCAGCAUGCUUUGGUUGGUUGAAGAACCUCAGAACCCUUGACCUGAGCCACAACAAAUUCCAUGGUGUUUUGCCUGAUAGUCUGAUGAGGCUUGGUCAGCUGAGAGAACUUGUACUGCGUGGGAAUCUGGAUCUGGGUGGUGCUAUUCCAUCUUGGCUUGGCAAUUUCUCAACCAGUUUGGAAAAACUGGACUUGGGUUUCAGUUCAUUCCACGGCCAAAUGCCUGAUAGCUUGUUUCAGUCCAGGUCGUUGAAGUACUUGGAUUUUGAAAGCAAUCAUUUAUCAGGUACCAUUGCUGAGUUCUCUCAGCCUUUGAUGUUCCUCAAUCUCGGGUCUAAUUCUUUUUCGGGUACUUUACCAUGUUACUCUGCUGCUGCUCAUUCCCUCAAGGUUCUAAAUUUGGCUAACAAUUCCAUUGUUGGAGGGAUUCCUACGUGCAUUGCUUCACUGGCGGAAUUGACUCAUCUCAAUUUAUCACUUAACCAGUUGAACUCUAUAUCCCCUAGACUCAUUUUCUAUGAGAAGCUUCUUGUGCUGGACUUGAGCUUCAACGAUCUCUUCGGUCCACUUCCAGCUAAGAUUGCAACAACGACGGAUAAAUCAGGGCUUCUUCUUCUCGACCUAUCUCACAACCGUUUCUCUGGCUCUAUCCCAUUAAAGAUGACGGAGCUGAAAAGCUUGCAAGCUUUGUUUCUUUCUCACAAUUUGCUUACUGGUGAAAUCCCUGCAAGGGUUGGAAAUUUGACCUACCUCCAAGUGAUAGAUCUCUCGCACAACACAUUGUCAGGCUCAAUACCUUUGACGAUUGUUGGGUGUUUUCAACUGCUGGCCCUGGUGCUUAACAACAACAAUCUCUCUGGUGAGAUUCAGCCUGAGCUAGAUGCAUUGGACAGCUUGAAGAUACUUGAUAUAAGCAACAAUACGAUCUCAGGUGAGAUUCCUUUGACUUUAGCUGGAUGCAAGUCCCUUGAGGUUGUGGAUUUCAGUUCCAACAAUCUCUCGGGCAGUAUCAACGAUGCAAUUACCAAAUGGCUGAAUCUCAAGUAUAUCUCGCUUGCUCGGAACAAGUUCACCGGAAAUCUACCUAGUUGGUUGUUCUCUUUUCAAGCAAUCCAAAUAAUGGACUUGUCGGGGAACAAAUUCUCCGGCUUUAUCCCAGAUGGUAACCUGAACGUGAGCUUCGAUUUCAACAAUGCAAGCUACAAUGGGACGAGACUUCCAAUGGAAUCACCUGAGAUACAGAUAUCUGUUGCGGUUGUUGGCAUCAACGAGUUAACAUUCAGUUACCAACUACCAUCAACAGUUGUUAUUGAUCUAUCUGAUAACUUGCUACGUGGUGAGAUUCCAGACACCAUAUUUGCCCUACGAGGUUUGGAGUACCUGAACUUAUCCUACAACUCUCUCAACGGUGAGAUUCCAAAUCUGGAGAAGAUGUGGAGUUUGAGAGCUCUCGAUCUGGCGCACAAUGCUCUUUCUGGGGAGAUUCCACAGAACAUUUCGAGUCUUCGUGACCUAGCAGUUUUGAACUUGUCGUUCAACAGUUUUUCUGGGUCCGUACCAAAGAAUGAGAGUUACAAGAGGUUCCCGGGAGCAUUUGCUGGGAACCCACAUUUGUGCUUGGUGGAGGAAGGAUGUGAUGAUGGUGCGAGCCAGCUGGCAAUUCCCGGAAGGUCAUUUCGUGGAACGAAUGAUGAAGGGCCGAUAUUGGCAUGGGUUUUCUGCUUGAGUGCUGUAGUUAGUUGCUAUUCUAGUCUUAUGGUUCUGUUCUGUUCGGCGAAAACCAGAAGGUACAUCUUCCACACAAAAGGUUCAUGCUGUGUUUGCAAGUAA